AUGAGACUUCUCUAUUUUGAUGCGUCUGGAAAUCUGAAAUAUAGAGUGUUCACCCGCGAAAUACCGCCAUAUGCUAUUUUGUCCCACACAUGGGAUCCCAAGGGCCACGCUGUUGAAUUCACUUAUGAAGACCUUAUGAAAAAUACUGGUAGAGAUAAGGUUGGCUUUUCCAAGAUCGUGUUUUGUGGCCAGCAAGCAGCCCGCGACAAUUUGGAGUACUUCUGGGUCGACACAUGCUGCAUUAAUAAGUGGAAUCUCAGCGAGCUAUCUACUGAGAUCAAUUCCAUGUUCCGAUACUACCAGAAUGCAGCUAAAUGCUAUACACUCCUAUCGGAUAUCUCAAAACCCGCAUGUCUAUACAAGAAUGGACUAUCGGUAUCUUUACAGAAGGCCAAAAUGUCACUCUAUAAAAGCAAAUGGUUUACACGUGGCUGGACACUGCAAGAGCUCAUAGCUCCGGCUUCAGUGGGGUUUUUUUCUUCAACGUAUGAGUGGCUUGGGGACAAAACCUCUUUGGAGAAGGUCAUUCAUGAAGUCACCAAGAUUCCAGUUGAUGCUUUACGCGGACGUCCACUAAAAGAAUUUAGCAUCAACGAACGAAUUGCAUGGGCAGAUAACCGCAAAACAACAGAGGAAGAAGAUAUUGCUUACUGUCUCCUUGGAAUAGUUGGUGUUACAAUACCGCUGAUGUAUGGAGAAGGAAAGGUGGAGGCAAUGAGGAGGCUGUGGUUGGAAAUUGAAUCAACAGGUUCAACUCCAUUUAUUGUGCCAUUUGACAGGAAUCACCGGUUUACUGGCCGUGAAUCUGAACUCGCCAGGUUGCAGAAAGCUCUCUUCAUUGAGGGCCAGACAACAAAAAUUGCAAUCACAGGAAUGGGUGGAAUUGGAAAAACACAGUUGGCGCUUGAACUGGCCUAUAGAAUAAGACAAAUAUAUCAGGACUGCUUGGUACUAUGGAUACCAGCUGCUAGUAUGGAGAGUAUUCAGCAGGGAUAUAUGCAGAUUGCUCAGCGACUUCAAAUUCCUGGAUGGAAUGAUGAGAAGCUGGAUACCAAGCAACUUGUGAAAAGUCAUCUAAGUGAAAAGAGUACAGGAAAGUGGCUUCUCAUAUUCGAUAGCGCGGAUGAUGAUAGCAUAUGGGCUACUAAAGUAUCUGGUGUUGGUGGCUUAAUCAAUAACCUGCCAAAAUCUGAAAGAGGAUGUGUUAUCUUUACAACACGUAACAAGAAAACGGUUGAUAGGUUAGCUCCAGGGAUCAUCAUGGAGAUGUCAGAGAUGGAUACUGAGAUAGCUCUAAUUAUGCUUAAAAGAUCCUUGCCCAACCAGGAUUUAGCUAAUCAGCAGCAGGAAAUCGAUCUUUUGUUGGAAGAGCUUGCGUUCUUCCCCCUAGCCAUUAUAUUGGCAUCAGCCUAUAUUAAAAUUCAUAAUUUGCCUAUUAGGAAUUAUCGAGCACUAUUAAGGUCACAAGAUAAAGAGAUGGUUGAAUCUAUCAGUCAAGAAUUGAAGGACGAAUGGCAAGCUUAUGAAAGAACACGCCCUUUGAUCGCACCUUGGCUCAUUUCCUUUAACCAAAUCCGGAAAAGGAACGAGUUCGCGGCUAGAUAUUUGUUAUUCAUGGCUUGCAUAAAAGAUACUGAUAUCCCAGUUUCUAUACUGCCCAGGGGUCCAACAUAUAUAGUUGAGAAAGACGCUUUAAAAAUACUUUCAGAUUAUUCAUUAAUUAUCAGACGGCCAGCUGGAUCAGCAUUAGAUAUACAUCAACUUGUGAAUUUGGCAACAUUGAGCUGGCUUCAGAAGCAUCGCUUACUAAGUCAGUGGGUUGAAACGUCUAUAGCUCAACUUAAUGAUGUAUUUCCAGAAGCUGACUAUUGGAACCAAAGUACAUGGCGAAGACUUUUGCCACAUGCUAUGCAAGUACUGAACAUCGGAUAUAUAGAGGAAAAAAAUACCUCCAAGAUGGACCUUAUGCAAAGGUGUGCCAUAAGCCUAUAUGGCGAUGGACAAUGGAAAAAGGCUGAAGAGCUGUUUCUGCAAGUUUACACGAAAAAGCGGAUGCUUGAGGAGGAGCAUCCAGACACUCUGACCAGCAUGGCUAAUCUGGCGUCGACAUACAGAAACCAAGGGCGGUGGAAAGAGGCCGAAAAUCUGGAAGUGCAAGUCACGGACAUAAGAAAGAGGGUGCUUGGAAGGGAACAUCCAGACACUCUGACCAGCAUGGCUAAUCUGGCAUCGACAUACAGAAACCAAGGGCGGUGGAAAGAGGCAGAAGAACUAGAAUUGAAAGUCAGGGAUAUAAGUUUCAGCGUGCUAGGGAAAGAACAUCCAGACACACUCACGAGCAUGGCCAACCUGGCGUCAACAUACCGAAAUCAAGGGCGGUGGAAGGAGGCCGAAGAGCUGGAAAUGCAAGUCAAGAAUAUGAGAGAGAGGAUACUGGGAGAGGAGCAUCCAGACACGCUGACCAGCAUGGUCAACCUGGCGUCGACAUUGUGGAAUCAAGGGCGGUGGAAGGAGGCCGAAGAGCUGGAAGUCAAAGUGAGAAAUAUGAGCUUGAGAGUGCUAGGAGACGAGCAUCCGGACACACUGAUGGUCACGGCAAAUCUCGCAUCCACAUACAGCAAUCAAGGGCGGUGGAAGGAGGCAGAAGAGCUGGAAAUGCAAAUCAUGAACACGAGAAAGAGACUACUGGGAGAGGAGCAUCCAGACACGCUGACCAGCGUGGUUAACCUGGCGUCGACGUAUUGGAAACUAGGGCGAUGGAAGGAGGCCGAAGAGCUGGAAGUGCAAGUCUUAGACUCGAGUUUUAGAGUGCUAGGAGAGGAGCAUCCGGACACACUGACCAUCAUGGCUAAUUUGGCGUCGACAUACAGAAACCAAGGGCGGUGGAAAGAGGCAGAAGAACUAGGAUUGAAAGUCAGGGAUAUAAGUUUCAGGGUGCUAGGGGAAGAACAUCCAGACACGCUCACAAGUAUGGCCAACCUGGCGUCAAUAUACCGGAAUCAAGGGCGGUGGGAAGAGGCUGAAACUCUGGAAGUGCUCGUCAAAGACACAAGCUCAAGAGUGCUAGGAGAGGAGCAUCCAGACACACUGACGAGCAUAACCAAUUUGGCCAAGAAAUUCCGGAAUCAGGGGCGGUGUGAGGAGGCUGAGGAGCUGGAAGUGCACGUCAUUAACACCAGAAAGAGAGUGCUUGGAGAUGAACAUCCAGACACGCUGGCCAGUAUGGCCAAUUUGGCGUCAACAUACAGUAAUCAAGGGCGGUGGAAGGAGGCCGAAGAGCUGGAAGUACACGUCAAGGAUGUAAGGAAGAGGGUGCUAGGAGAGGAGCAUCCAGACACGCUUACCAGCUUGGCUAAUCUGGCGUUGACAUAUAGCAAUCAGGGACGGUGGAAGGACGCUGAAGAGUUAGAAAUGCAUGUCAUGAACACAAGAAAGAGGGUGCUAGGAGAGGAUCAUCCAGACACGCUGACCAUCAUGGCCAACCUGGCGUCGACAUACAGCAAUCAGGGGAGGUGGAAAGAGGCCGAAAAGCUGGAAAUGCAGGUCAAGGACGCGAGAAAGAGGGUACUAGGAGACGAGCAUCCAGACACGUUAACCAGCAUGGCCAAUCUGGCAUCGACAUACAGCGAUCAAGGACGGUGGAAGGAAGCCGAAGAACUGGAAAUGCAAGUCUUAAAUACGAGUUUGAGGGUGCUUGGAGAGGAGCAUCCAGACACGCUGACCAGCAUGGCCAACCUAGCGUCAACGUUCAGCAAUCAAGGGCGGUGGAAGGAGGCCGAAGAGCUGGAAACUCAAGUCAAGGACGCGAGGAAGAGGGUACUAGGAGUGGACCAUCCGGACACGCUGACCAGCAUGGCCAACUUAGCAUCAACGUACAACAAUCAAGGACGGUGGAAAGAUGCAGAAGUGCUGGAAGUGCAAGUCUUAGACACUAGUUUGCAGGUACUAGGAGAGGAGCAUCCAGACACGCUGACCAGCAUGGCCAAUCUUGCAACGACAUAUAUGAAUCAAGGACGGUUGAAGGAGGCCGAAAAGCUACUUGUUCAAGUCAUGGACACGAGAAAGAGUGUUCUAGGAAAAAAGCAUCCUUCAACCCUGACAAGCAUGGCCAACCUAGCAGCCGUAUGGAAAAGUCAAGAUCGAUACAAUGAUGCUCUGCAAUUAAUGAACCAAUGUCUCAAACUCCAGCUAAAAGUUUUAGGCAAUGCUCAUCCUCGCACACUGUCCACAAUAAUGACCUUAUUUGAAUGGAGCGGUAUAGAUUUGGAUUCCUUAACUCAAAUGGCCGGAGACAGUUCUGCUUUCGAUGUGGAAUAG